UUUUGGGGGGACCAGGGCAUCAUGCUGGGAAUCAAAUGGCGAACAUUGGGCAUGUCAUCCCGUGAGCCAGGGAGGCCGGGAUUGGGGAAUGAAAUGGGGGCUUUUAUUCUUCCUGGAAUUCUUUUUUUCAUGGAGGACACAAUGGGCGGGGGUUUUUUUUUUACGUGAUAGACUUGGGAUCACUCCGCCAGAUGAGCGGGGAGACAGGAAGACCAUAGGAGCCAAAAAAGUUCUUUUUCUUUAUUGUGUCUCCUCUAUUAUGAUGUUACGACUUUUCCUUUCUGGUGUGCUUGGGGAUACUCCCCUUUUUGCCUUUAUUUUCCUAUCGACUCUGGUCAUUUGCUUGGAUGUUUUUCUCUCAAUGAUUGAAAGAACGAACCCCUUGUGGUUACGGUGUGUGUUUGGCAUGGGUUGACAUGAGGCAGCAGAGCAUCAUCAUUAUCGGUCAUACUGCUUUUUCCCCCUUUUCUUCUUUUUUCUUUCCCGUUUCCUGUUUUGCAUUUGCAUUGGGCCUUGUCAGCGAAAUCACUCGAUGGCUUUGGAUAGGUAUUUCCCCCUCCCCUCCUUUGGUUCGGGACGUAACGGGAGGGGCCGAUGGUACAUGACAUGGCAGUCUAAUAAAUCGAGCAU